AUCUACAUGGCAAAUAGUAUUUUUACCAACUGCAGGAAAGAUGUUUUUGUGCAGCCAUUCAUCUGAUUGUUCACAUGUCUGUAAAAAUUUGUGGUCUUGGUGCUUUUCGCGUGAUACAAUUAUUGUAAAGUGUCCGUUGACGAUUUUGUUAAUUUACGAGUUACAUUUUAACAAACAAAUACCUCUUAGAUGUCGUCAAACGUUGCAGCUUUUCCAAGGAAAAACCCCGUGUACACCAAAGAUACCUUAUCAGUGAUGGAAAUAUUUGUACCUGAAUUGAACAAUAUCAAUAGAAUAAGUAAAAACGGCUAUGGCGUUAAGCGGACGACAAAAGGUGCACAGUUCAAUGGUAAAUCGGCCGAUGUGGUGACCUCCACGGGGAGUAUGAUCGUUGUCUCCAAUCGACUUCCGUUUGUACUCAAAAGGAACGAAGAAGGAAAAUUGGAAAGGACAGCUAGCGCCGGUGGGUUAGUUACUGCAGUUGCACCCGUUGUAAUUAAUACUAAUGGUUUGUGGGUUGGUUGGCCAGGAAUCCAUUUGGAAGAUCCUAACGAGCCAAUCCCGGAAUCGAGACCGGAUGAUAUCACCCCAACAGCUGGACUCAAGUCUGAAAAGGUUAGUUAUUUUUUGAGUUUUUAUUUAAAAAUAUGUACUUAGUGUAAAUUGUAAAAAAACUGAUUAUUUCAA